GACUGUUACCAGUGUACUUAAGAAGGUAUUAUGUGAUUCCAUGCAGUUAGUACCGGGGACUGUUACCAGUGUUCUUAAGAAGGUAUUAUGUGCUUCCAUGCAGUUAGUACCGGGGACUGUUACCAGUGUACUUAAGAAGGUAUUAUGUGAUUCCAUGCAGUUAGUACCGGGGACUGUUACCAGUGUACUUAAGAAGGUAUUAUGUGAUUCCAUGCAGUUAGUACCGGGGACUGUUACCAGUGUACUUAUGAAGGUAUUAUGUGCUUCCAUGCAGUUAGUACCGGGGACUGUUACCAGUGUACUUAUGAAGGUAUUAUGUGAUUCCAUGCAGUUAGUACCGGGGACUGUUACCAGUGUACUUAAGAAGGUAUUAUGUGAUUCCAUGCAGUUAGUACCGGGGACUGUUACCAGUGUACUUAUGAAGGUAUUAUGUGCUUCCAUGCAGUUAGUACCGGGGACUGUUACCAGUGUACUUAUGAAGGUAUUAUGUGAUUCCAUGCAGUUAGUACCGGGGACUGUUACCAGUGUACUUAAGAAGGUAUUAUGUGAUUCCAUGCAGUUAGUACCGGGGACUGUUACCAGUGUACUUAAGAAGGUAUUAUGUGAUUCCAUGCAGUUAGUACCGGGGACUGUUACCAGUGUACUUAUGAAGGUAUUAUGUGAUUCCAUGCAGUUAGUACCGGGGACUGUUACCAGUGUUCUUAAGAAGGUAUUAUGUGCUUCCGUGCAGUUAGUCCCGGGGACUGUUACCAGUGUAGUUAUGAAGGUAUUAUGUGAUUCCAUGCAGUUAGUACCGGGGACUGUUACCAGUGUUCUUAAGAAGGUAUUAUGUGCUUCCAUGCAGUUAGUACCGGGGACUGUUACCAGUGUACUUAAGAAGGUAUUAUGUGAUUCCAUGCAGUUAGUACCGGGGACUGUUACCAGUGUACUUAAGAAGGUAUUAUGUGAUUCCAUGCAGUUAGUACCGGGGACUGUUACCAGUGUACUUAUGAAGGUACUGUGACGAUAACCUAAGAUGUGCAAUGCUGGUCGUGGUCUGUGUUACUCCAGAUACCAGU